CUUUUAUUUAUACUUGUCAGCGCCAGACAAACCUUUUUGAAAGAAAAAAACAGGCAUGGGUCAAAAGGCAUCCUCUCUCAUACAGCCACUGCUGCACAAGACAGCAGCAAAUAGCGCACAGACAAUCGGUGACAAGCAGUUGGCAGCCCGUCCGAUAAACCGCCGAUUCAAGAGCCGCAGCACGGCGCCCCUGAUCUGGAUCGAUGUUGAGACUACGGGCCUGACUGUAGAAAAGGACGUGAUCCUCGAGGUGGCCAUGGUCAUCACAGACGGCGAGCUCAACCAGCUGGGCCCACCACAAAGCCUGGUUAUUGCACGGUCGCCCGAGGAGUUGUGCAAGCUCAACCCCUGGUCGCUCAACAUGCACACCAAAUCCGGGCUUCUCAAAGAGGUGGCCGAAUCAAAGCUCACGCUGGCGGUGGCUGAGCAGGAGCUUCUCAAGCAGAUUGUCCAGCAUUCGCAAAAGCCCGGCACUGCCAUCCUUGCGGGGAACAACGUCGGCUUUGACCGCGUUUUUAUCAGCAAGUAUAUGCCGGUGCUGGCCAACUACCUGCACUUUCGCAACAUUGAUGUGAGCACGGUCAACGAGCUGGCCAAGCGCUGGGCCCCUGAUAUGCUCGGCCGAUACAAGAAGACAUACUCGCACAGAGCGAUCGACGACAUCAACGAGAGCUUGCGCGAACUGCGUUAUUACAAGAACAACAUGUUUAGCCCGAGGGAGUGAGUCGUUAGUACCGUGACAAAGUGGUAGAUCAUUUUGUUGUAUUUCGUUUCAUUGCGUUGCGUUGUGCUGAUCUGAACCAGA